CAUUUAACAUAGCCCAAAUGAAUAUUCCACUGCGAAAUCUUUGUUGGAUUUUAGCCUGCCUAGUGGCAGGAAUAUCCUUGCCCGUGACUGCUGUUCCUCAAGUGCACAUUGCCAGUGAUGGUACAAAGUAUUUAAUAGAAAAUGAAGCAAAGUAUAAUUGGUUACAGGCCCACACCGAGUGUGUCAGCAGCGAUAUGCAAUUUGCCGUUCUCGACAGUGUCGAGAAAAACCAGGCCUUUGUGGAAUUACUACGACAAAUUGGCGGUAAACUACCAAAUCUAUGGAUUGGCCAUCACGAUAACUUCAAUACUGCCGAACAACUAAAUCGCCGAUUCUUCUCAAUAAUAAAUGGAUAUGAAAUAGAUUUUAACAAUUGGGAUAAGGGUGAACCGAAUAACGCCUUAUACUCUGAACACUGUGUUCACAUAGAUUCAUCGUCUGACUUUCGAUGGAAUGACCACCAUUGUGAAAACAAAUAUGGUUAUGUUUGCGAGGAACCGCAAAAAUCUACAAAUGUUAGCUGUGAUAUGCUUGACAUUAGUAAAACCGUCUACGAAUUAAAUCAAGAACUUUCAGAGGAUCAUAAAAAUCAUCAAAAUGAAGUGCAAGUAAUACUAAACGAUAAUCGUCUGCAAACACAAAAUGUCUUACACGAAUGGCAGCAAUCUUCAAUGCAAACUUUAGAUAAGUCGCAGAAAUCUAUUAAUGAGAUUUUUGCUAGGAAGCCAUAUCUGAGCGCAGUAAUUGCCGAUGUUGGUCCAUCAAUUAAGCAGAUUAUCCGUGAAGCCUAUAAUGAAAUAUCACAGUUUUCCCAUGAAGCCCAACAUGCAAUCGAUGGCAAUUCCGUGGAUACACAAACAUCUAUAAUGAACAAAUCUGAGCAAUUUCAUGAAAAAUUAGAUGAAAACACAAAUGCAGUUGAUGGACUACUCAACCAACGUGGAAAGUAAGAAUAUCUAAGGAAUGACAUACAAUCGA